ACGCCCGAUCUUGUUUCUCCUUUUCCUGGACCAGUCUUGGACCUUCUCUCUUUUCCCCACCUCUAUCAUUUUCUUGGCUCCCUCUGCCGGCUCCAUAUCCCCUUUUUCCAGCACACACUAUCUCUCUCUCUCUGUUUUGCUAAUUCUUCCCCACCGCCCAACUCUCAGUCAGCUCAGCAUGAUGAACAGGUAACUGCUAAGCUGUUGAACAUGGGCUCCUGCCUCUGCAAAGGUCACCAAGAGCUUCAAAAUGGCCAGCAACUCCCCAUGGAAGAGCUUCAAACCUGUGCUGAGGGACAGCCCAUUUUUAAGGGUAACCAUCAGCCCAACAAUGGGAGCAUGUCAGAUAAAAGGAGCAACAGUGUGUAUGACAUUGGAGAACUGGCUACAUCCUCCCUGCUGGGACUGCUGGCCACAAUUAAAGACCACAUCACUAAACCCACUGCCAUGGCCCAGGGCCGAGUCGCCCACCUGAUUGAAUGGAAGAGUUGGGGAGGGGAGGCGACGUCUGGACGGGGCUAUUGUGGCUGGACUCAAGAUGGAGGGGGCUGGGGAGGGGUUGGAGCAGAAUUGCAGGAGGAUGAGCAGUUCUACUCCCACCUCACUGAUGAAAUCAAAGAAGCACGGUUUGCAGCGGGUGUAGCAGAGCAGUUUGCACUGGCUGAGGCAGCAAUGAAUGACUGGUCCACCCAGGACAUUGAAAAUCAAGUCACAGCCAACACAGUCCCAUUACAAGAUCCUGAGGGCUUCUAUCUCUCUCAGUUCCUCUUGGAUGGAGGCAGUCUGGGUGUUCCUCAGCACCUACUCAGAAUGCACAUGGAAGCUAACAUUGACACCAGUUCCCUGGCGCCUUCUCAGCCUCCUCUGUCUCAUUUCCCCAGUCAUUCUCACUCUCCACUGGACAUACAGCUUCCUCAACCGGAGCAGAGAAUCUCCCCAUUGGAAGGGUCAGCGCGACAUGCAGACAGCAUUUCGAUAUCGGAGGAUGAGGUUUUUUACAACUGAAAUAUUGACUGUUGGUGACACAACUGAGGACAAUAAGGAGCAGCAUUGGUGUCUAUUGUGUUUGCUGAUGUGAGAAAACCAGUGUGAAGUUACGUGUGAAGGGGUUAUCGUUUUACUGUUAAAGUACGUAAUAGCCACUACCGAGCCUCUUCAACAAGCAAUGAAUGCAGGGAUCGAUGUACACACAGACAUGUUAUUUACAUAUCACAUAGCCUUUUUGCAAACGAAAGCAUCUCUGUUUUCAGUAAUGACGAUCAUAAUUUAACAGGGUCACACCAAUUACAGUACAUCUAGAAGAAGCAUCAAGUUCAUUGCCCAUCCAGGGCCAACAGGCUCAUGAAUGCAUCUAAAAUGACACUCACUGCUUGACAAAAGGGUGAUCAAGAUCACAGUGCCCUUUCACCUUGAACAGAGUGCUUGUAAACACCUUUUUCCAGCAACUUUCAGACUGGUCCCAUCAAAAAGAAGUGUAUUAGCACUUCAUACUGAAGAAGAGAGACAAAUUAAUAUGUGCUUUUAUCUCCCAGAUACAGCACAGACAUUUUCCUGGUGCAUUUCCCCCAAUAACAGUUCAAUGAGAUUAAACGGUGUGAGGACUCUCUAGAGCAGAGAUUGUAAGUGACUUAUGCAUUUGAACUGCAAACAUAAAUUUCGACAGUGAGAUGAAAAUUUUAAAGGUUUUUGAUGUUACUAAAUGUUUCCAUGGAGAUUUUAAGUGUAAAAAUGUCUAACACACCAAAUGACUGUAUGUAUCCUGAAGCUUUAUAGUUUCUGCGCCCUUAACAUCACCAAACAGAAUUGUUGAUUGAUUGUUUUUAGGCUGAACACUCCCGCUAUCUGCCAUUGGUUGGACACCCAACCACUUUAAACUCACACCAUUGGUUGAGCCAUUUUGCAAUGUCAGGCUGGUCUCAAAUAAUCAGAGCAAUCUUUUGAUAAGAGCCAUUUUGCACUUUGGCAGGGAAUCAACUUACAAAUGGCUUACUUAUAGUUGUUUCUGCAUAUUACAGUUUUUCUAAAUCGCUUUGACUAAUUUUUGAAACAGUCUUAACAUUCUCUAAACUGUAAGUGCUAUUGUCACAUCUGACUUAUGUGACAUCACAACUCUACUGCAUGUCUGCAAAAUGUAGUAACUCACCCAAAACAUUUAAUUCAUGCUUCAAAACUUAGUUGUUAUGUCAGUAAAUUGGCCAAUGCCACCAAAAUGAAAACAAUUUUUGUCAUCGUGUGAGCCAUACUGGUCAAAAUGUUUAGAUGUUUUUUCACCAUGGCAGUCAACCCUGGAAAUUUAUGCUGUAAACAAAUUUCAUUUUUGUUCUACUUUUUUUGUUGACACUGACUGCUUACUGUACUUUACAAGAAUAUCAGUUUUAUCUUGCUGCAAUGCUAUUUUGUAUCACACUGAGCUUUUUAGAUACCAAUUUCAACAGUAGGUAAAAGUUUACUGGGAAAAGUCAAUACUGUUCAAUAUUUUAGUACACAGAAAAGUAUUGAACAGUAUUGACUUUUCCCAGUAAACUCACCCAAAAGUCAAUACUGUUCAAUAUUAUAGUACACAGAAAAGGAUAUACACAUUUGUAUGUAUACAGUCAAUUUAUUUUUGUAGCAAGGUGCUAGAUGUAAACAGAAAAUUUACAUUUGAAUGUCCAUUUUUACACAUUACUUACAUAAGUCAUAUAUAGUGAACAGAAAAUUGCCACAAAAUGACAUCCAUGCAGAAAAAAAAAAAACAACAAUGUAAAAACCUGUGGUAGUUCUGUAAAACAAAUAAUAAAUUGAACUUCCUCACAGUAUUAAACAUUACGA